ACAGCCCUCACUGGUCUCCUGAUCAGCUGACCGAACGGAUCGGUUUCUCAGUGGCAUAAUCAGCUAAAAUUAAGCCGAAAAAGAGGAUCAUUUCGGAUUGUGUUUGCCACAGAGGCGAACUUUCGUUUUUAAACUUUGCACCAGAAGGAAAUGUCCAAGUAGGACCUUUAUUUUUGACAGCAUCAUGUCGGGGAACAGCUUGGUCCUACCCAUAGUGCUCUGGGGCCGCACGGCUCCCACGCACUGCAUCAGCAGCCUGCUGGUGAUGGACGACUUCAGCACCAUCAUCACCGGCUGCCAUGACGGACAGAUCUGUCUCUGGGACAUGACACCUGAGCUGGAGAUUUGUCCCCGGGCCAUGUUGUUUGGUCACACCGCCUCCAUCACUUGUCUGUCUAAAGCAAGUACGUGCAGUGACAAGCAGUACAUUGUCAGUGCAUCAGAGAGCGGAGAGAUGUGUUUGUGGGACGUGAAUGAUGGACGUUGCAUUGAGUUCACAAAGCUGGCCUGUGCUCACACCGGCAUUAACUUCUAUCAAUUCACCAUCGGCACUGAGAGGGAGGGACGUCUGCUCUGUAACGGCCAUUACCCAGAAAUCCUUGUGGUGGACGCUACCAGCCUGGAGGUCCUAUACUCUUUGGUGUCCAAGAUCUCUCCCGACUGGAUCAGCUCCAUGAGCAUCAUCCGGUCCCACAGGACGCAAGAGGACACAGUGGUGGCGGUGUCAGUGACGGGGAUCUUAAAGGUCUGGAUCAUCACAGCUGAGGUCAGCAAGAUGCAGGACCUGGACCCUGUGUUUGAAGAAGAGUCCAAACCCAUCUACUGUCAGGGCUGUCAGAGUGUCUCCUUCUGCACCUUCACUCAAAGCAGCCUGCUGGUUGUCUGCUCAAAGUACUGGAGGGUGUUCGAUGCAGGCGACUACUCGCUGCUCUGCUCCGUGCCCAAUGAGAACGACCAGGCCUGGACCGGGGGAGAGUUUAUCGCUGCAGAUAAAGUCAUCAUCUGGACCGAAGACGGCUGCAGUCACAUCUACAAGCUACCUGCCAGCUGUUCACCCGCAAGUGAACAUUUCCGCAGUGACGUUGGGAAAACCAAAGAAGGCUCGAUCCCUCCGCUGAUCUACCGCGUCUCCGGCUUCUCGGACAAACAGCUCCUGAUCUGUCCUCCCGUGACGCACUUCUUCUUCGGCCGACGGGAGCCCUUCCAUAAGCUGCUGAUCCAGGGAGACUCAGCGGGCAGACUGUCUCUGUGGAGCAUCCCAGAGGCCUCACCUCAGCCGCAGCCAACCACUGCAGAGCUGCAGGUAUCAUCCACUGUAAGUCUCCAGGAGGCGUUUGAUAAGUUGACCCCCGUGUCUGCAGGAAUCAUCGACCAGCUCAGUGUCCUGCCUGGAAAAGAAGAACCAAUCAAGGUGACAGCAAGCGUGUACAUCCCCUCCCAGGGUCGCCUUGUGUGUGGGAGGGAAGACGGCAGCAUCAUCCUGGUUCCUGCUACUCAGACCGCCAUUGUCCAGCUGCUGCAGGGCGAGCACAUGCUCAGGAGAGGCUGGCCACCCCACCGCACCCUGAGAGGUCACAGGAACAAGGUGACGUGCGUCCUCUACCCGUACCAGAUCUCCCCGCGCUAUGACCAGCGCUCCCUGGUGUCCGGAGGAGUAGACUUCUCCGUCAUCGUGUGGGAUAUCUUCACCGGAGAGAUGAAGCACAUUUUCUGUGUCCACGGAGGAGAGAUCACGCAGCUUAUUGUCCCUCCUGAGAACUGCAGCACUCGGGUGCAGCACUGCGUCUGCUCGGUGGCCAGCGACCACUCUGUCGGCCUGCUCAGCCUCCGAGAGAGGAAGUGCAUCAUGCUGGCGUCCAGACACCUCUUCCCCAUCCAGGUUAUCAAGUGGCGUCCUGCAGACGACUACCUGGUCGUGGGAUGCUCUGAUGGAUCCGUCUACGUCUGGCAGAUGGAUACAGGAGCCUUGGAUCGCUGCGUGAUGGGCAUCACCGCCGUAGAGAUCCUGAACGCCUGCGACGAGCUCGCUCCGGCCACCGUGGACGCUCUGAGCCACUCGGCCGUGAACCUGAAGCAGGCGAUGACUCGGCGCAGCCUGGCGGCGCUGAAGAACAUGGCUCAACACAAACUGCAGACGCUCGCCACCAACCUGCUGGCUGCUGACAAUGCUGACAAGGGAAAUCUGCCAAAGUACUCCCACAAUGCCCUGGUGGUCCAGUCCAUGAAGACCAACCUGACGGACCCGGACAUGCACGUGCUGUUUUUCGACGUGGAGGCGGUCAUCAUCCAGCUGCUGACGGAGGAAGCACAGAGACCGAACCCCACGCUGGUGUCUCCGGAGACGCUGCAGAAGAGCCAGGCCGGGGCCGACAAGGGGGGCUCAUUACUGGCCCAGAAGAUCUUCAAACAGGUGAAAGAGACGAUGAAGGAGACCAUCAAGGAGCACCUGCUGGAUGAAGACGAGGAAGAGGAGGAGGAGAUGAGGAGGCGGGAGGAGAAGUCCAAGUCUCUUAGUCUGUUGGAGUACAACCUGACGAUGGACACGGCCAAGCUCUUCAUGUCCUGCCUGCACGCCUGGGGCCUCAAUGAACAGCUGGACGGCAUCUGCCUGGAGCGAUUGGGCAUGCUCAGACCGCACUGCCCCAUCUCCUUUGGUCUGAUCUCACGAGGAGGUCACAUGUCCCUCAUGCUGCCCACCUUCAAGGAGUCCUUGCUGCGGCAGCUCUCUCUGAUGACGGGUAUGAAGCUGGCUCUGUCGGACAUCGUGGGGAAGGGGACGUACGGCGUGUCGAGGGCCGUCACCACGCAGCACCUUCUGUCCGUGAUCUCAUUGGCCAACACUCUGAUGGGCAUGACCAACGCCACCUUUGUAGGAGAGCAUAUGAAGAAGGCACCAGCCAGGCCUCCCAGACCAGGAGGAACCCCGGAGACUCCUCGCAGGGCGCAGGCUGCCCCCCCUCAGCCCUCCAACCCGGCGCUACAGGCCCAGAUCAAACAAGGUUGGAGCCAGCUGGCAGCCAUGCACUGUGUCAUGCUCCCUGACCUCCUCGGCUUGGACAAGUUCAGACCUCCUCUGCUGGAGAUGUUGGCGAGGAGGUGGCAGGAUCGUUGCCUGGAGGUGCGAGAAGCAGCACAAGCUCUCCUAUUGGCUGAGUUGAGAAGGAUUGGCCAAUCAGGACGUAAGGACACGAUCGACUUGUGGGCUCCCUACCUCCCCCAGUAUGUGGACACUGUCAGCUCCCCUGGAACAGCCACCGAGCCCUCCACUCCGGCCCCGCCUCCUCCUGAGGUUCAGCCAAUAGAAACCACAGCUCCUGCAGAGGAAAUGGACGUAACGGAUGAUGACAUCACCGCAGGAUGUCUCUCCAACCUUCCACCAAAUGCCAAGAAGAUCUCCAACUCCUACGAGGAGCGCCGUAAGCAGGCCACUGCCAUCGUGCUGCUGGGAGUCAUCGGGGCCGAGUUCGGAGCCGAGAUUGAACCUCCAAAGGGUUCUGUGCGGGCUCGAACUGGAGGUCAGGCGCCCGAGGGCUUCGGACUGACAAGUGGAGGAUCAUCCAACUACUCGCUGGCUAGACACACAUGUAAGGCUCUCACCUUCCUGCUGCUGCAGCCCCCCAGCCCCAAGCUGCCCCCCCACAGCACCAUCCGCCGCACUGCAAUCGAUCUGAUCGGCCGAGGCUUCACUGUCUGGGAGCCGUACAUGGACGUGUCGGCCGUGCUCAUGGGACUGCUGGAGCUCUGCGCCGACGCCGAGAAACAGCUGGCCAACGUCACAAUGGGUUUGCCCCUCAACCCACCUGCAGACUCUGCCCGCUCGGCCCGUCACGCCCUCUCUCUCAUCGCCACCGCUAGACCCCCAGCCUUCAUCACCACCAUCGCAAGAGAGGUUCAUCGGUACAACGCCGCUCAGGCCAACUCUCAGUCGCAGCAGAACGUUCACACCACGACUCUGGCCCGUGCCAAGACCGAGAUCCUGCGGGUGAUCGACAUCCUGAUCGAGAAGAUGCCUGGAGACGUGGUGGAUCUGCUCGUCGAGGUCAUGGAUAUCAUCAUGUACUGUAUUGAAGGCUCUCUUGUGAAGAAGAAGGGACUGCAGGAGUGUUUCCCCGCUAUCUGCAAGUUCUACAUGGUCGGAUAUUGUGACCGCAGUCAUCGCAUCGCCGUCGGAGCUCGCCAGGGUUCGGUGGCUCUCUACGACGUUCGCACUGGAAAAUGCCAGAACAUCCACGGUCAUAAGGGCCCAAUCACAGCCGUUUCGUUCGCCCCUGACGGACGUUACCUGGCGACCUACUCCAACGCUGACAGCCACAUCUCCUUCUGGCAGAUGAACACCAGUCUGCUCGGCAGCAUCGGGAUGCUGAACUCGGCGCCUCAGCUCCGCUGCAUCAAGACGUACCAGGUUCCUCCGGUGCAGCCGGCCUCUCCAGGCUCCCAGAACCACCUGAAGCUGGCCCGCCUCAUCUGGACCUCCAACCGCAACGUCAUCCUGAUGGCCCACGACGGCAAGGAGCACCGCUUCAUGGUCUAAACCAGAUCUGCGUCUCCAACUGAGCCCUGAGGUUUUUACCCAAAAGUUCAAAUCGCUCUAAGAAAUCUAACGCGAGAAAUCUAAAAAACCCAGACCAGGUCCAGGUGUAGACCAGACGGAUUAGUUUUAUUUAUCAUUGUUGCAGUUGUAAGGAAACUCAUUCUGUGAUCUGUAUAUUUGAAGCCGUGAUAGAAGGCUUGUUUACAUUGUGAAAUGCAUUGAUGUAAAUUUUAUUUACCAACUUCCUGUCAUUCCUAUUUAUUUGCUUCCCCCGCCACAUGUAGCACAUCUCGUGAAGCAGCCGUCGUCGAUGUUAGUUUAAAUCAGACUUUUACUCUCUGCUGUUUUUAUCUUACUUCAGAGCAAAGCAGCAGUGUCUUAUAAUUAUUAAAAAUAUGUAACUUAUUGAAGGAUGGUUAUCUCUGCAGAAACAUUCACUCAAACUAAACCAACCUUUGCUGUCUUGUUUUAAAUUCCUGCUCUUUAUAUUAAAGUUUGAGUCAGAAAGUAAAAAACAUAAAAUCA